CUUCGCCCUCAAGUCUCCCUGCCUCCCUGACCGUCUUUCUUCCACGGGUUCACCAUGAAUUCAGUUGCUUUUUAGUCUUACCUUUAUUCUACAUUUGCAUACUGUCCCUCGUUUCCUAUCCCUUACGCCUGUUCUCCCCAGCCUUCGAUUUUUUGGCUCGGUUUCUCUUCGUGCAUAGUAUACACCCCAACUUCUCCCUUCCCCGUCAAGGGGAUGCCCAUCGUUGAGCUGCCAUUGUCAGCUACAACCUAUUCACAAUGCCUUUAAAUAUGGUCGCGUUGAGUGUGGCCCUCACGCCAACUGUCGUAUCGACCUUCUUCUCUCAUUACAUCCAUCGCAAGUCGCACCACCACACCCCUUCUGUUCAUAUUUCCUACGAUGAAGGCAUUCGGAUUAUCCGCGAGUUCCUGGUCUAUUCCUCCAAACACACCAUCGAGGACCUUCAGCGCUUCUGCUCCCAGCGCGUCCCCUCGCCCUAUUGGGUCAAGACCGAACGGCUCUCCAUUCCGGACAAGUUUCUGUCGACGGCCGCCACCGCGAUUAUUGAUGAGCUCGGUCCCAGAGGCAUCGCCCGCGUCGGGGGAAAGGAAUGGUGGCAGUGGCGCGGGCCCUCGGAGGACCUGAUGUCGGAGUGGAUCGAGAUGCGCAAUGACUACAACGGCAGGACGGAGGGAAAUGGUCGCCAUCCCAGCGAAAAGCGCAUCAUGUUGUAUCUGCACGGUGGCGCGUAUUUUUUCGGGAGUCCGGACUCCCAUCGGUACCAGAUACAGCGCCACGCUAGAAAGCUGCAGGGCCGGAUCUUCACACCACAAUAUCGCCUGGCCCCGCAAUUUCCCUUCCCGUGCGCUCUGCAGGAUUGCUUAGCUGCUUAUCUCUACCUCCUGGAUACGUAUAAAGCAAAAGAGAUUAUCUUUGCUGGAGAUUCUGCAGGAGGUGGUCUUGCGUUGUCGCUGCUCGUCAUCAUUCGGGACCAGGGAUUGCCUUUGCCCGCAGGGGCAAUCUUGUUAUCACCAUGGGUUGACCUCACCCAUUCCUUUCCUAGUAUUGUGAAGGAAAACCCCGGCGACUAUAUCCCCCGCUAUGGCUUUAGGCACAAACCAUCCGUUGCUUGGCCCCCACCUAAUUCCGACGAGAUACUGGCUAUCCGGAAAGGGGUUAGCAAGUUGCCGGUCUCUGGGGAGGGUGAGAGGCAGGGUCAGAGCGACGCCACCGGUGACCAAUCUUCGGAGCUGCCCAGUGGGGAAAAGUGCAUGUUCGAUGAACCGGAGAGUAUCAAAGUCCCCAUUGAUGGCAAGGUCUACGAGGUCAAAGAUCAGGUCCACACAUACGCGCCAAAUGAACUCUUAGGCCACCCGCUUGUGUCGCCCGCUAUGCAGGCCUCCCUCGGCGGUCUGCCCCCACUCCAGAUUCUGAUUGGCGGGGGCGAAAAGCUACGGGACGAGCAGAUCUACCUCGCCCAUAAAGCCGCGGAUCCAGCGGCUUACCCCCCGAGUGAUGCCUGCCUGGAUGAGCACGACCCUAACCGGGAAAAGCUCCAUAAGUACCCGGGCACAUAUGUGCAGCUUCAGGUCUGGGAUGACCUCUGCCAUGUGGCGACGACGUUGAGUUUCACACGUCCCGCCAAAUAUAUGUUCCGUUCGAUCGCCCAGUUUGGAGCGUGGGCGCUGGCUUGCGCUCAAGAGUCCGAGAUUGACAUCCUCGAUGAUCACGAGGUUUCUCCUGUGUCCUCUACCAACUCAGUCGAUCAACAGACCCCAUCACGCCAAGGAACCGGCAUGAAGAGGACCAACACGCUGCCGGUGUCCUCGGUCGGCAAAGCUGGGGACCCACUACCGGCCUUCAAAGACCAUAUGAUACGCCAGCGGGUGGACAAGAGAGGCAAUAUCUACCCCCUCGACCCCCCGUCUUCGUUUGAAGCUCUUCAGAUGCACAAAUCGCAGAUCGGCACGUUCAACCCUGAACUCGUCAAGCAUUGGAUUGCGGAAAAGCUGGAGUGGGACAAGAAGUAUGCCAAAGAAAAGCGCCAGGCCCAAGAGCAACAAGCCACAGAGAUGGCCUCGUCUCUCGGCGGAUUCAAGGGAGAGCGACCUCCAGCGUGCUCCUUGGCAGCAAGAAAGGAAGCCUCGGAGGUCUUACCUACCCUCAACCCUCGCAAGAGCUACCCGAUGAUGAUGUGGAGCAACUGGGCCAGCAAGCACGACGAAAGGACUAUAGAACGGGGCAACCAGAAGGACGGUCGCUCGAGACGAACGAGCGUUGACGCCGGACGAGCGGGAGCGUCCAUCAAAGGCUCCCGUCCCACAUCAUCCGCGGUCACAAACCCCGAAAAGGCCGUCCAGAGCAACACACAGCCCCAGAACAUCCCACAACGUCUCAACGGCGAGGCCAGCUCCUCGCAUCGCCGAGAUUUCAGUAACGACAAGCCGCCGAACAGCCCCCUGAUCGUGCUGCCAGCAUACGAAGACGACAAAAAGUUCUCGGAAGAGAACUCCAGCACGAGAGCCCUAUUCCACGCCCCCGGAGUCCUCCCCUGCCAGCACCGACCUACAUCUUACGGCGGCUCAGGCACAAUCCGCAGUGGCAUCACCGCCACCGACAUGGCGGACGACACCAGCACCAUCGACGACCCGUCCCUAGCCGUCACUGGAACCGGCGUGGACGCAGCAAGCACGCGCGCUGUGCUCCACGCCAAGGGCGUCAUCGGAGUCUUGGGUGACGGCGAUUCCGCCCGCCACUCGGUCGAUGCCCUCUCCGUGCCGCGCAGCUCAGCCGAUCUCGACACUUUGUCUACAUCCGCUGCACGGACCGCGACUGACGGAGUCACGCCUCCUGCACGGCCGGAUAUGCCUGAGCGGGAGGUGUUCAAGACCGCCAACGAGUACGUGACUCACUGAUAUAUAUAUACAACAGUCUUUUCUUUACUCAUCUACUGAUGACUUGACAUUCGUUCAAUCUAAUACCAUGUACUCACGCCUCUCUUUUUGCUCCUUUUUGUUGUCUGCCCUUGCCAUUUUUGAUAUUAUCACUAUAUUUAGGGCACAGCAUUGAAGCAGCCCCCUUUUUCUUGUCUAUAGUUUCUAUCUGUUUUAAAUACCCCUUAUCAGCCCUAGCCCCUGUGGACACCAUUCAUUCAUUCAGUAUAUCCAUCCAUUUGAUGACAUUUGGAAAUGAACUCGGCUAAAGAUACCCUACACAUACCCACAUGUACACAUACAUAUAUACCCAAUUUACUACUAAGCCACUUA